AUGGAUAAAUAUGAGAAGAGCUUUGCUGAACUUGUACUCCUUAUUGAGAAAGCCCACAAGAAAAAAAAGGAGACAAUUCAAGAGCAAGAGAAGCGAGAAGUGGGAAAGGCGAAAAAAAUCUUGGACCGGCUGCAAAAGGAGAUUACAGUGCUGAAGAAGAAACAUGCUGAGUUUACUGAGCUCUCACAGACAGAUGACCACAUCCAUUUCCUUCAGAUUUUCCCAUUACUUACUGUCCCUGCUGAAGAUGACACCUUGACUAACAAGAUAACAAUUGCAGAUUUCUCUUCUGAAGAAGUCAAGAGAGAACUUUCUUGUGUGAAAGAGUAUCUAGAAGAGCUUUAUCAAGCUGAGUUGAAUAAUGGAAUAUCGAAAGGUGAAGCUUUAGCUUUAAUGACAAUGUUUGAAGAACCGAAAAGCAGAGAAGACUUUUUGAAAUACACCCAUCAACUCACACUGGACCCCAACACAGCAAACAAUCAUAUAUGGCUAUCUGAAGACAACACAAAGGGAACAUACAGACAAAAAACUCAGUUACAGCCUGAUCACUCAGAAAGGUUUGAUUAUUACUCCCAAAUUCUCUGCAAGGAAGGUUUAACUGGACCGCAUUGUUACUGGGAAGUGGAAUGGAGCAGUGGGGCUCGCAUCGGAGUUACGUAUCUUACUAUCAACAGGAAAGGAAAGAAUGAUGACUGUUGCCUCGGACAUAAUGAAAAGUCCUGGAGCCUCAGCUAUUCAGAUUCCUGUUUUUAUGCCUGCCAUAAUAAUAAGGAGACAGAAAUAAGUGCCCCAUAUAGCUCCAGAAUUGGAGUAUAUGUUGACUAUCCAUCUGGCACAAUUUCAUUUUAUGGUGUCUCAGAAAGCAUGAGACUCCUGCAUAUGUUCAAAACCAGCAUAACUGCAACACUUUAUCCUGCAUUUUAUCUCCUUUAUUCUGAAUCAAGUGUUAAAAUCAGUCAAUUAGACUAAUGUCUCAAGUCUUAGCUGUGUUCAUUUCCUUGAGUAUGAUACUGCAUUUUUAGCUGUUACUGCUGUAGGAUUAAGAUAUAAUAAUGCAUAGCAUAUUUUCAAGUAUAUUCCUAUUUAUGUAGUAUAUGCUGUUUUAUAUGGAAUGCUCUAUGUGUAUUCAUUGAUCUCUGCUACGUUUCUGAAAGUUAUCUGCUCAUUUUUCUAUGGGUUGCAUCAUAAUGCAGUGAGAGCUGCUCCAGAGUACUAUGUUUAAAUCUUUCUCCAAACACUAAAUACAGUACGUUGAGUUUGCACAUUCUUGUUAAUUUCAAAAGAGUUAGUAGGUGUGCAAUACUGUUAACCUGAGGAAGUGCCCUUGAGUCAGUCCCACACCCAAAAAACUGCAUGAAAACUAUAAUGGUACAAUACCAGAAUUUUGCUUUACAGUAUGUGUUCAGACUAGUAAUAUGAAUAUGAAUUUCACACAUACAUAUAUAUAUAUAUUGUGAAAGGAUUGGACAGAUACAGGAAGAUGUUUGGGGGCAGCCAAAGAUGAAGGUUUGGUCCCAUAAACAAUAGAUCUCAACAGACUUCAGUCCAACUAUAGAACAGAAAUGACAGGCAAACAUGGUGGUUUCAAAGCCGGACAGGGGAAGUGAUGUCACUGGGGCUGGAACCAGAAGUGAUGUCAUUGGGUCCGUGGUUGGAAAUUUCCUACGGUUGGUCUGCUGAUGAAAAAGAGAAAGGAUUAGUGCACUCUGCCAUCCCCUGGUCUGGCACGGAAUUAUGCCUUUGUGAGCC